AGCAACGAUUCCCCACUUGCCUCAUUUUUCUCUGUUUCACAAAACCAAGAAAGAAAGACAGAACCUUGUUCCUCUCGGAACACAAACACAAACACCCGUUUGGAAAGCUUUGGAUAUUCCGCAGCAACAUGAACCAAAAGGCUAACGUUUCUAAAGAGCUUAAUGCCAAGCACAGAAAGAUACUGGAAGGUCUUCUUAAACUACCAGAGAACAGAGAAUGUGCAGACUGCAAAGCCAUAGCUCCAAGAUGGGCAAGCAUCAAUCUAGGGAUCUUUAUAUGCAUGCAGUGUUCUGGGGCGCAUAGAAGUCUUGGGGUACACAUAUCAAAGGUGAGAUCUGCCACUUUGGACACAUGGCUUCCAGAGCAGAUUGCAUUUAUACAAUCCAUGGGAAAUGAGAAAUCAAACAGUUACUGGGAAGCAGAGUUGCCUCCUAAUUAUGACAGAGUUGGAAUUGAAAAUUUCAUCCGUGCAAAGUAUGAAUUGAAAAAGUGGGUUCCCAGGGAUGGGAAACUAAGAUCACCUCCCAGGGUGACGGAUCAGAAAACUUCUGUUUCUGGGGUAAGACCUGAAAUUAGAAGUAGGCAUGGCGAUGUCAAAGAUAUUGAACGAUCUUAUGAGCAGAAAGGUGCCCUUCCACCUGCUAGAAUAAACAGCGCACCUCAGCAGGUCAGUGAUGAUUUUAAACCGAAAUAUAAUGAGAAGAAACCACAGGAAGCAUGUCAAGAACCACGAGAACUGCUCAAGAAAUCAGAACCAGUAGCUCCAAAAGCUGAACCAGAAAGUCAGGGGGUCAGUGCUACUCCAUUUUCUGUACCAGUUAAAGUGGAUUAUGCCACUGAUUUGUUCAAUUUGCUCUCCAUGGAUGACUCAGCAGGAAGCGACUCCAUGACAUCCGCCAAUAACAUCACAUUGGCUAGCAUACAUGCUACUGAAACAAAAUUGGCGGACAAAAAAAACAAUUAUGCACCAAAAUCAUCUGAAAGCAAGGUGCAAUCAAAAUAUGGUAUUGAGGAUUUAUUCACAGAUUCACCAUCAGUCACUCAAACCGGUUCAGUGAAACCUCAGACUAAUGUGAAGAAUGACAUUAUAAACUCAUUUGAGAAGUCAAGUAUGGUUUCUCCGUUCUCUAUGCAUCAACAGCAGCAAGCAAUGCUCUGCCAACAACAGUCAUUACUAAUGAAUACAGCAAAUUUUGGCGGAUCCCCUGCCUUUCCAAGUUUACAACCUACCUCCCAAGCUAUUCACUUGCCCACAAAAAAUGGGCGAAGCAUUAGCCAACAAGUUCCUGGCAACAUGGCGCCUCCUAAUCAACAAUAUUAUAGUCAGAUUGGGAACGGCUAUCACGCACGUCCAAUAGGCAAUGCAGUUUCUUACUCACCAUCGAGCAUGUAUACAAUGAGGCCAGUAGCUCCAAUCAAUGGUGUCAGAAGCACCAGCGCAAGCGGAGCACCCCCGAAGCCUUGUGUCACUCCAACUCCUUCCGGAAGGGACUUUGAUUUUUCAUCCUUAACUCAAGGAUUGUUCAGUAAACGAUGACAAGUUAAUCUCUUGUGGGCGAAAUAAACCAGACAUGGGAUCCCAUCAUUUUACUGUUGAUUGAUUCCUUAUUCAUAGAAUCACAGUUGAUCCCUAAAUCUUUAUUCAUUAAGUUGGUGAACAGAAAAGCAGGCCUGUCUCAAUAAAUUUAACGUUCAAAUUGCUUA